AUGAAUUCUAGUACGUCACUUAACGGGACAGUUCUGACUGAAUGCAUAUUUCAUACUCUCUCUGGUGGGCGACUUCACCAGCCUUCCUACUCAACACAAGCUGUAAUUAUCUUCAGUGCAGUCAUUAACGCGAUCGCCUCUCCCAUCACCGUUAUCUUGAAUGCGCUGUUAAUAAUCGCAAUGAAGAAGAAACCUCGGCUAAGAGCUAACAAAUCCAACAUCCUACUGGCCUUACUUGCGACCACCGACCUCAUGGUUGGUUUGAUUCUUCAACCAACAUUCAUCGCAAUAAUAACAACAGUCGUACAAAGCAAAAGCGGGUUCUGUACAUUGACUGACGCUUUUAGACAUUGUGGGGGCUGUCUGGUUUCUGCUUCGUUAACACACUUGGCAUUAAUUAGCAUGGAGCGCUAUCUGGCGAUUAAGCACCCGUUCAUCUACGACACCAUCGUAACCGAAGCUCAUUUACUGUUUGCUUCAACAUUGGCGUGGCUUCUUUCCAUAUUUCUUCAGAUUUCAGUUAUUUUUGGAAAAACUCUGUAUUUCACUAUGAAAACUACAUGUCAGAUCGUGAUAGUUUCCUUCACCAUUUUGUGCCAUCUUUCAGUAUACCGCGAAACCAAUCGACACAAGCGGCAUGUUGCUGCUCACCAAGUUACGAAAGAGGCGAGGGAAAAAUUUGAAAAAGACAAGAAGGCACUAAAAAUUACUUCCAUAGUUCUAGGAACGCUGUUAAUAUGUUAUACACCUUUAACCGUUUCAAGAAUGACUUUACCAAAGUAUCGUUAUGAAAUAUCACUCAACGCAGCAUACACAGUGUUCGUUUUCUUCGCGACAGUGGCGCUUUUGAAUUCCUUUAUAAAUCCGGUCAUCUACUCCGUCAGAUUGCGACAGUUUCGCGUAGCAAUUAUUGAGUUGAUUUGCAGGAAUGUAAGCGUCGUCGAGGCCGAGCAAAUUGAGAAACGACUUUUUGGAAGGACAAAUGCUAUCUCCAAACGUGAGGCAGUACAAGACCACAAAGGACCAACUGAAGAAAGUGCGAAGCAAGCAAACACAGACAACGCUGAAAAAUGCAACCAGCAAAAUGGGAUCCUUCAAAUUUAAGUUAGUACCGUAACUAAAUCAUAAAUUUGUGACGUUAUUGAAAGAAUCAACUGCGAUAUUGAUCGUCAAUAGUAUGCCAAACGGAGUGUUCAACAUGUAAAACGAGCUUGUUUAACGAAUCAUUAGUUAAUGUUAAAGGCUUAAGCAGCGACGACAACGACGAUGGCGUCUUCACGCUGUUUCAAAAUUCAUGGCUCUGAUUCCAUGUCGUUUAUUUUGUCAAAUUUUGAUGAUUUUUUAUGUUCCUAACAUGGUUCUUCUGGGUUUAGUGUGUCACUGUAUCAAAAUUUCUACUCUGUUGCGUAACAUUGUAGUUGGCCUCUUUCCUUCUUUCUUUUUUCAUAUUUUGUAAUUUUAAACACAGUGUAUUAAAGCUAGGCAAAAUAAGGGACUAAAGAUUAAGUGGGCCACUCAGGGCUAAGAAAACCAGGAAACGUUUUUUGGCCCAGUUUAGUUGGUAUCUAUGAAAUGUCACUCUAGAUAGAUAGAUAGAGAGAUAUAUAAAUCGUUUAUUCAAAAUCACAACUGGCAGCUAUAACCUGAAUUACUUGUGUUAUGUACACGUUGAUAAAAAUUUAACCUUAAAAGAAUUCCUAACUAUAUCAUAAGAAAAAAAAACAUUAUAUAAUGAUAAAAUUACAUAAAUUCUAUUAUAAAAGUUCUAUUUACAAUUGUUGAUUAUAUAUCUGCAUAGUGUAUUAUAAAAGAAUUUCUACACCUCUUUGUUUUUACACGUGGAAUUGAAAACAUACGCCUAUUCCUAAAGUUAUAUCUCUCAUUGUCAUUUCGCGCGGGCAGCAGGCCAGCUAGUUUAUGCUCGCCAUCGCUCUCUACAAUUUGUUUAAACAGAGUGCUACAUAAUUCCUCGCGUCUAUGAAAGAGUGUUUUUAUGCCCGCAUCUUCCAGGGCCUUGCUAUACGAGACCUCUGGGAAUAGAAUCCUUAAGACUCUUUUAAGACUCUAACCUUUAUUCAGAUCUUGUUCAGUUGCAUAUAUUAAAAUCUCAAAAACCACUACCGUAAAGAUGGCCGAGACCAUCUUCAGAGGGUACUCAAUAAGGUUUUACAAUGCCAUAAUCCCGACCCAUCGUGCAAUCCCGUGAUCCCGAGGGUUAUAUUUCGCAUCCCACUUCCCGCGCAUACUUUCAAUCCCGAAACUCGUCCUGAUUUUCCUUUUAAAUCCCGAAUCCCGAGCUUCAAAUACGGGAAAUCACGUAUCCCGAAAAACCUAUUGGGGCCCUCUCUUCAGUUGCUUUUUCCACGCCACUGUAGACUGAAGAUCGAUACCCUACCUAACCCAGACGACCACGUUGUUUGGAAAACAAAUUGUCGACGAAGCUGCUGUGUUUAUAAGCUGCGAUCAGGCGUGUUUUUUUCGGGGAAGGGCGACAGGCAACGAAAAAGAAUACGGGAAGCAAAGACCACCUUAUCGCAGUUAACUGUGUUUACUUUGUAUUUCCGUUCUUUUCCUGCCAAGCUUCAGUUCCCAUUCUAUGUUAUUUAAAUUGUUUUUACCUUAAAUCAGAGCUUUUUCCUGUAAAUAAUACUCUAUUCUAGACCAAGUUACAGAUAAACCAUUUGAAAACUACGCUCUUUUUUAAGAACUGAUAACACUUUUUAUCACGGACCUAAAUCGACAGGUACAAUUGAAAUGGAAACCAUAGUCGUACAACUGACGUGACUAGAGUGUUGUGCUCACCACAAAGCAAAACAUAGACGAAACAAAUCUUUGCAGUAGUCUUGAGUAUUAACAACAAAAAAGGCUCGUUUGAGUGUUUCUAACAUUACGAAAAAGCAAACUAAAAAAAAAAAAGAUCGACCAUCUAACAAGUCCACCGUUGUUACACACACCGAGAAGGUAAAAGGAAGAAUAGAAAGCUAAAUAUGAAUUCUAGUACGUCAAUUAAUGGGACAGUUCUGACUGAAUGCAUAUUUCAUACUAUCUUUGGCGGACGACUUCACCAGCCUUCCUACUCAACACAAGCUGUAAUCGUCUUCAGUGCAGUCAUUAACGCUAUCGCCUCUCCCAUCACCGUUGUCUUGAAUGCGCUGUUAAUAAUCGCAGCGAAGAGGAAACCUCGGCUGAGAGCUCACAAGUCCAACAUCCUACUGGCCUUACUUGCGACCACCGACCUCAUGGUUGGUUUGAUUCUUCAACCAACAUUCAUCGCAAUAAUAACAACAGUCGUACAAAGCAAAAGCGGGUUCUGUACAUUGACUGACGCUUUUAGACAUUGUGGUGGCUGCCUGGUUUCUGCUUCGUUAACCCACUUGGCAUUUAUUAGCAUGGAGCGCUAUCUGGCGAUUAAGCACCCGUUCAUCUACGACACUAUCGUAACCGAAGCUCAUUUACUGUUUGCUUCAACAUUGGCGUGGCUUCUUUCCGUAUUUCUUCAGAUUUCAAUUGUUUUUGGGGAAACUCUGUAUUUCACUAUAAAAACUACAUGUCAGAUUGUGAUAGUUUCCUUCACCAUUUUGUGCCAUCUUUCAGUAUACCGCGAAACCAAUCGACACCAGCGGCAUGUUGCUGCUCACCAAGUUACGAAAGAGGCGAGGGAAAAAUUUGAAAAAGACAAGAAGGCAUUAAAAAUUACUUCCAUUGUUCUAGGAACGCUGUUAAUAUGUUAUACACCUUUAACUGUUUCAAGAAUGACUUUACCAAAGUAUCGUUAUGAAAUAUCACUCAACACAGCAUACACAGUGUUCUUUUUGACAGCGACAGUGGCGCUUUUGAAUUCCUUGAUAAAUCCGGUCAUCUACUCCGUCAGAUUGCGACAGUUUCGCGUAGCAAUUAUUGAGUUGAUUUGCAGGAAUGUAAACGUCACCGAGGCCGAGCAAAUUGAGAAACGACUUUUUGGAAGGACAAAU